GUGUUUCUGGUACUUCUGUGGAAAAAAAUGUCACUUUGGACAGUGCAACUCAAGUUGAACUUUCAUGCAGAUUGGACAAGAAAUAUUCUCAUUUGAAAAGUCUUCAAGUGACUUGGAAGAGGGGAAAUGAAACAAUCGGACAUAUCCAUAAAACUGAAAACAGCUGGAGCAUCCAAUUGAGGAUCUUGGAUGACAGUAAGCUGGGAAGUUACAGUUGUACUCUGAAAGGUGAAGAAGAAAUCAGCGCUAUGUUUCAUUUACAAGUACCGAAAAUUGAAGGAAAAGAAAAACCCAUAGUCAGUUAUGAAGGAGAUACAGCUGUAAUGAUUUGUAAAAGUUCUGGCUAUACUCCCAUUGCUUGGACCUGGUAUAUGACCAAUGGCAGUGAACAGAUUGCCAUUAAUGACUCUUUGCUGGCAGACAAGUAUGUAAUUAAUAGAAUAUCUGCCAAUGUAACCCAUCUGAAGAUACUGAAGCUCACCAAGGAAGAUGAUGGUGUAUAUUGGUGUGAAGCUGCUUUUGAACUAGGAAAAAGUAAAGGAAAGCUGAAGCUUAGAGUUCUGUCCCUCAUGGUGCCUCUCAAACCCUUUCUAGCAAUUGUGGCUGAAGUUGUUAUUUUAGUAACAAUUGUUUUCCUUUAUGAGAUGUAUUCAAAAAAGAAAGAGAAAUGUGCACAAGAUGGAAAAGAAUUUGACCAAGUUGAGCAACUUAAAUCAGAAGAAAGCAAUGGUCUGGAAAACAGUAGUGCUAGGCACAGAAAAAUUUGA